AUGGGUGACUCUAAUCUACAUAUAGGUUGGAUGAAUCCGAUUGGCAAAGAUGCUCCUGCAGGCCUGGGUGACCAUGUGUGCAGGAGAUGCUUCCUACUGGAGCAACUCGAGCUUCGGGUUUUGGAGCUUGAGCAGCAGCUGGAGGCACUACAGUGCAUUCACGAGGCUCAGAAGUUCAUUGAUAGCACAUUUCAAGACAUAGUCACCCCGCAGCUUAAGGAAAUAGUAGUACAUUCUAAGCCAAAAAGGGAGCAAGCUAUUCUAGACCUGGUAAUGAACAAUGGGGCAGGGUUAAUCUUUAACAUCAUGGUAAAGCAGCCUCUAGGUGACAGCAGUAAUAAGACAAUAGAAUUUCAAGUUCAGGUUGAAGAAACAGAUAAUGAAGAAGACCCUGAUGAUCCAGAUCUUGAGGAUGACGAGGAAGACCAAAAUGCAACAGACACAAGCUGGCUACUUGAUUAUUCUGAGGAAGAAGAUCCUUGUUCAACAAAUCCUUGUGAAAAUGACGGUACAUGUGAAGUGAAAGGCAGAAAUUUCAAAUGUCAUUGUCAUCCUCUUUAUACAGGAAAGACAUGUCAAAUAGUGAAGAAUCCAUGUAGGAGGAAUACAUGCAAGCGUGGGGAGUGUGUCCUCAACACUACUCCACCAUACCACAAGUGCAAAUGUGACUACCCGUUCAAACCACCAUACUGUAAAAAACCAAUUCGCGUGUGCUCAAGAAACCCUUGUCAAAAUGGAGGGAUUUGCAGGAGGGGCAGAACAAGGAGAUCUUUCUUCUGCAUCUGUCCAAAAUCAUUCACCGGGCAAUAUUGUGAAACAGAUUCCAAUGACUGUUAUGAAGGAAAUGGCGAAAACUACAGAGGCAAUGUUGGUAUAACGCAUCAGGGGAGAAACUGUUUAUACUGGAGUUCACACUUGCUUCUAAGGAAAAAUAUCAAUAUAUUUGGGGAAGAAGCUGAUGGAAAUGGACUUGGAGAUCACAGGUUUUGCAGGAAUCCAGAUGAUGAUGAUAAACCUUGGUGCUUUUUUAAAGAAACAAAUGGAAAAUUGAAAUGGGAUUUUUGUGCAAUCUCUCAAUGCAGGAGUGGAACUACAGCAGCACCCAAACCUGAGACUGCCCCUACAUCCAUGCCCCCCAUUUCUUUCAAAAGCUGUGGAGAAGUAAGCUUAAGAAGAAAUUUAAGCCGUAUCUAUGGUGGGUUAAAGACAGUUCGUGGUAGACACCCUUGGCAGGCAUCUGUGCAACUAAAAGCUCAAAUAAGUAUUUAUGAUUUGGGGCAUCAGUGUGGAGGAGCCUUGAUCGCACCGUGUUGGGUUCUUACUGCAGCUCACUGCUUGGAGGCAAGCACACAAGCCCAGCAUUAUCAAGUAUUACUUGGGAAAAACAAUAUAGAUCAAACAGAACUAAAUGAACAGAAGUUCGAUGUUGAGAAAAUUAUUGUGCAUCCAAACUAUGAAGAAACAGACUCUGCCUUGCGCAAUGACAUUGCCUUAUUGAAAUUGAGAAGUGUUGGAGGACAGUGCAGCAAGGAAACCAAAUAUGUCAGAGCAUUAUGUUUGCCAGAUGUUGAGUUACCCCUCAGCUCAGAGUGUUACAUUGCAGGAUGGGGUACAACUGAAUCAGGAAACAGUUCAAAAUACCUAUUGGUUGCAUCUGUAAAACUAAUCUCUCAACGAUCUUGCAAUAAAGCAACAUCUUACAAUGGUGUCAUUGAUGAUACAAUGUUCUGCGCAGGAAAUUUAGAACAAGGAGGAGUGGAUUCUUGUCAGGGUGAUUCUGGAGGACCACUGACUUGUGUGAAGGAUGGACAUUACCAGGUCUAUGGAAUAGUGAGCUGGGGUGAUCGCUGUGGAGAGAAAAGUAAACCUGGUGUUUAUGCCCGUGUCACUACAUUCCUUAACUGGAUUCAAGAAAUAAUAAACUAG